GCGUUUGAGCCUGGAGGCUGCUACUAGAUAGUAUUUGGUGAUGAAUCGAUACACACAGCUGAUUUAAGAAUAGCAACUGGAGUGUCAUUUUUUACAUCUAAAAACGUGACUAUUUAAUUUUGUUUAUAUAAAAUAAUUCUUAAUGGCUACAUUGGCUAUUUCACGAGUUAAUAAUCAAUGCAUAGUGUAACGAUUCGGUUUUCCGCAACGUUAGCUAGCUAGCUUUCUCUGAAGUUAGCUAGCUAGCAACGUUAGCCAGUAAGGGUAACAAACAUCCAUUCAUACCGUUUGAUUGACUGUUUAACCAUCAAUAUGGCAAAGCAGAAAACAUCUGCAAAAACUCUUAUAAUCGAAGAUGAUGAGGUCCAAGAAGAUGGAGACGAGAUGAAUCCCUUCUCCUUCAAAGAGUUUAUCCGCAGCAAAAAAAUGUACCCAGAACUUAAAGGCGAUCCAGAUGAGAGGAACUAUUCAACGCGAAAGAAGGCCUAUGGGAGCACAUUGCUGGGUGAGGGGGAAUAUACUACCCCUAAGAGCUUUGAUCAAGACUUCCAGGGUCACUUUUACAUCGACCCAACACCAUUUCCUCAGUCUCUGGACAACGAGACCGAGGAUGAGUGGGCUGGGAGUUACCAGCCAUCAGCCAUUGAGGAGGCGCAUGAGUUUGGACUGUGUGGCACUGCAGCAGCAGAAAGCAGCACAUACUCCGGUCAGUCCUCCCUGUGCACAGAGGAAGAGGAGGACACUUCCUCAUCUCUUUGGCAGGUGGACAAGGAGUUCUCACCAGAGGCCAGCCAGUCCAAGAGGGCCCCAGUGAACUAUGAGGGAGAUGAUGAGACAUCCAUAGCUGAGCACUCCUACAAGACCAAGAAGAGUAGUACUGAGACAGGAAAUAGGGAUCAACAGAAGCUGAGGGAAGAAAAUGCACAGCUCAGGAAGCACAUUAAAGAUCUUGUGCAGAAGUCUGAGAAUGAUGAUCAAAGAAUUCGACAGCUCACGGAUGAGUUGCACAAAAGAAGAGUACAGGAGGAGAGGGAGGCUCAAGCUUUGGAGACCAUGGUCCACUCUGUCGAGCAAAACCUGCAGUUAAUGACUAAACGAGCAGUAAAGGCUGAACACAUUGUAUCAAAACUCAAACAGGAGCUUCAUCAAUUACAGGGUCAGGUUGAGGGGUACCGGUAUGAAAAUGAGAGACUUCGAGCAGGAGAGACCGUUGCCCUGAAUACAAUGAAACAUAAUGCGCAGGUGGCCUCGGAGUAUCUUAACAAAGCCGCACAGAAUGCCGAAACCUCAAUCAAGCAAUUACUCACAGGAGCAGAGACUCUUUGUCUAGCAUCUCAACUUCUGCAGUCCAUUGACAACAUAUCUGAGAUUCACAAUGAAGGCUGAUGGAGUUUAAGUUUGUUAAAAGAUCUAGGACGAUCCACCAAAAUGUAGAAGACAAUGUUGGUGGUUCACACAGCAAUCAGAGAAUGUAACGUUGUGGUGGGUGCAAUAAUUUGUGACAAAUGAACAAAGAUUGCAUAUGUUUUUUUACUUGUACUACACUGCGUGCACAGUUAUUAGGCAAAUCGUAUUCCUCAAGAUUUAUUUUAU